AUGUCGGACGGAUCGAUAACGGCGACGGAGAGUGAGAUACCACUCGCCGAUUGCAUCGUUGCGAGCUAUGUCAGAAGCAAGAUCAGCACCGACCGAGAACAAAAGUACUUGCCUGAAGGCUCAGUCGAGCGACUCAUUACUCCUUCUUCCAUCAGGGAAGAGCUCAGCGAUAUACCGAUCGAGCCAGAGUCGUUGGAUAAUCUGAUCGGCUUUAUCGUAACCCGAGCGAAAAAGGUCUUCACAAUCGCUAUCCUCGCACAACUCAGCGGACUCGACCUUUACAACGCCAUCAAGACUUUUCAAGACGUGGGCUUCGACGAUGACAAGCUACCAGUGCUACCAGACCGUCAUGCUGACCUCAUGUCGGCUGCGUUCAAGGGGCGGAGACUAUGGAACGCAGUUCGAAAGGAAGGAUUCCUAACGGACCAAUGGGGUCUUCUCGUGCCGGUCUUCACCAAACCGCAAUUGAUGCAUUCACUUCGGGAGAGCGCUAUACUUCCCCUUGAGCGUGUCAGCAGUGCCUUCAAGGGAGGCACAUUUGGCGAUGUCUACGAAGCCACUGUAAAUCGGGCCCAUAUGGACGAUGAGCUGUUUAAGCGAAAUGGUUCUCGUACCAAUAUUGCGGUCAAGGAGAUCAAAGCCAGCCAACUGUUGCAAGGCGAUGUCCAAAAAGCCUAUGACAUUGAAGCUCUGGCGCUUGCUAGAAGCAGCAAAGUCGAACACGAAAACCUUAUCCCUUGUCUCGCCGCCAUCGAGAAGGGCUCCAUGCAUUACUUUCUUUUCCCUUGGGCUGAUGCUGGCAGUCUUGAAGACUUUUGGCAGAGUAGUCCAAAACUCAGCCUGGAUUUUCUUAUGGAUGUUUUUGAGCAACUACGUGGACUUGCGGCGGCCCUUGAGAAGCUUCACAACUACGACGAUAAGAACGUCCCGGCCGAAAGCGAGGGCCGUCCUGCUUCGCCAUCAGGCGGCAUCAGACACGGUGACUUGAAGCCCGCCAACAUUUUGAUCUUCAAAUCAGACGACCCCAAGCGGAUUGGAACCAUGAAAAUUGCAGACAUGGGUCUUGCCAAAUAUCAUCAAGUUCAGACUCGUCUACGAAGGAACGCAACAAGCUCCAGAUACGGGACGUCUCGAUAUGAACCACCUGAAGCCGGAGUGCCGAAACUGAACACGACUCCUGCUAUGUCUCGCCUUUACGAUACUUGGUCUAUGGGCUGCAUCUUCCUCCAGUUUCUCGUCUGGCUUUUGCAAGGAAAGGAAGCUUUGAAGAGCUUCAACGAAUCCAUCCACGAGUACAACAUCAAGAACCAGUGGGGAUCCAUGUACGAUCUGGAGCCACCAUACUACAUCAUCGGAUCCGACAACAAGGCUCAACUCCAUCCUCUCAUUGUACAGCGGUUUGGGGAGCUCUCUAGAAGCUGCACACGCAACACGGCGAUCGGAGAUCUUCUUCAUAUCGUCAAGACCAAACUGCUCAUCGUUGAUCUCCCAAGCAGCAGGGAGCGACCUACAAGCAGAUGGGUUUCCUUGAGCGAGUCGAGGCCACGAUAUCGUGCUACAGCACAGGUUCUCAGGGAGCGUUUGGAUCUUAUCGUAGGUAAUGCCAAAAAGGACCCUUACUACCUUUUCACAGAUAGGAACCGAGAAAAUGCGCCACCGCCGUCGCUUUACGCGCAGCAAUCGUCUAGCACCUUGCACCCGGACUCGGCUGGGCUAAGGAAGCGGAUCAAACAGUUGAUAAGGCCAAUUGCACAAAUGAGAGGCCAUCCAUGCGUAUUUUCGCAACCAAAGAAUUAUGUGAGACAAGCUACCGUUUACCAUAAUGCAGAUGCUGACCUAUAUGUGAUUGCAGUCUUCAUCAUCCAGUUAGACAUUCAUGUCUGGGAUUAUCUUGUCGACAACGAUUUCGCCUUCAAAAUUAUCGACGCAGGAGAUAGCCCUGCACUUGAGCCUUUCUCUCAUGGAAAAACCGAGCAACUCUGUGACAGUUGCAAGGGCCUCGACUUUUGGGCCACAGGCUUUCACAUCGAGGAUGAUCUUUCAGAGCUCAAAGUGUGCCAAGAGAACUGUCAGUUCUGUAGCAUGAGGUGGGAGGCCUGCAAAUAUCUUGAAGGCUAUUCUCCCUCGGCUAGAUUUGACAGGAUUGAUUCGGUGAUGAAACUCAAUGAGAGUGAUCCCCCCGUCUUCUCUAUCUGCAGUGGCCCCGGUCUGAAUCUGCCGGCCUCACUCCAGGUUGGGCUUCCACAGGUCACCGAAGCGGCGAGAACACCAUAUCAGAUCAGGUUGAUCAACACUUGGAUAAAAGAAUGCGACGAGAACCACCCCAAGUGCAGGGGGUUGCCUCAAAAGGACGGACCUGGGAGUCGCAAGGCUUUUCAACUGCCCACCAGGCUCAUCGACAUUGGCCAGCCUGGCUCCAAGAUCAAACUGUACGAGACACAACCCGAUGACAAGACUGAAAACCUGAAGUACAUUGCCUUGUCUCAUCAGUGGGGAGAUCCUACCGCCAGCAACCAUUUCCGAACCACGACCCAGAAUUACGCCGCCCAUCUCAUCAAUAUUGACUUCUACAAGCUCCCAGACACCUUCAAAGAUGCCGUCACCAUGACCCGUGACAUGGGCAUUCGAUAUCUCUGGAUCGACUCCAUCUGCAUCAUUCAAGGCCCAGAUGGCGAUUUCAACACCGAGUCUCAGAAAAUGGAAGAUGUCUUCAGUUCUGCCUACUGUGUCAUCGCUGCGAGCUGUGCCAGAGAUCAGUGGGAUGGGUUUCUCAAGAACAGACUUGAAUCUGAUUCGAGGCGUUUUGCGACAUUCAGGAACGGCCGAGACCCGCCAUUCUAUGUCUGUCAAUUCCUGGAUGACUUUAACGCCGAUGUUCUUGAAGGACCAUUGAACAAGAGGGGCUGGGUUCUUCAGGAAAGAGUCUUGGCUCGUCGGACCAUCUUCUUCACUGAUAAGCAGAUCUAUUGGGAGUGCGGCAAGGGUGUUCGAUGCGAGACUCUAACGCACAUGAAAAAUGAGCUUGCAGCUUUUCUUGGAGAUCCCAACUUCCCCGAAAUCGCCAUCCACUCCCCUCGGGCCGACCGAGACACGUCUCACGGCGAAAAGAUCCUCUACUACCAAGAUCUCUACAAGACCUAUUCCCGACUAGCUUUUUCCAAACCUGAAGAUAGAGGAGUAGCAAUGAACGGUCUAGAGCAGCGACUUAGUCGCGGCUUCGUCUGCAACGGCAAGUUCGGCAUUCUAGACGACAAGAGUCUCUUCCACCGAGGCUUGCUGUGGAGACGGGCUGUAACUGUGACUUCUAUGGAGAAAAUCUUGUUUCCGGCGGAUAGACAACAAGUGCCUUCUUGGUCUUGGAUGGCUGUGAAGGGUGAGAUGGAUUACAUUCCGGUGCCGUUCGACACGGUGGAUUGGGAAACAAGUCUCAAAUCUCCUCUGAGACACACUCUGACAUUCAAGGAUGAACAAAGUAGAACUAUGGAGAUCAGAGCCAAGGCCAAUGAACUCGUUCCUGGCCACGGUGAUGAUCUCGAGGAGUUCUACGACAGAGUCUCUGAUCACGAAGGAACCCCACGAAAGGUGCUCUGCGUCGUCGUUGGGAUAAACAAGGGCUCAGGUCGAGCUGAGGAGAAGUUUCACUUCGUUCUUCUCGUGUCUCCUAAGCCGUCUUCUGGACCAUGGGUGUGUGAGAGAGUGGGAGCUGGCAAGGUGCCAGGAAGCUGGAUCGAUUUUACUCGACCGGCAGCUGACAUUGGAAUUUGUUAG